AUUCACUGGGAACUAAAGAGAACGAAACGGGGCUGAACCUUGGUGAAUUUGUCAAAUAGAAACGCUAGUUUUCGUUGCAAAACAAAACGGUUUGGAUUAAUGAGUAAAUGUUCCCUCUCUCCCAAUUGCCAGCAUCUGUUGCUCAUUUCACAAGCGUCCCGCCCAUGCUGUGCGGUGCCGGCGCUCCGGUCUAUUAGUCAAAGAGUUCUUCUGGUUUAGAUGACUUUCUACUACUACUAUGCAGACAGAUAACUGUCACUAAAAGAAGACUCGUCACAGACUGUCAUGUGGUAAGAGAGGCCCCAGAGUAGUGUGCACCUCUGUGGACUCAUUUUACAGUCAACUCCAGCCCUCGUCUCUUUCCUCGUUGCUCCCCUGAAAACCUUGAACAUCCUCCUCCUCAGGACAUUGGUUACUCCCCACAUUCCUCCUCAAUGGAAGGGCAAGGGCACACACGCAGCCGGCUGCUCAGGCUCAGGUCCACGAUGACGAGCAUGGGGUUCCAGAGGAGGCUAUGGCUGUGCUUCCUGGGUGUCAGCUUCCUGCCAGUCAUCUAUAUCAUCUAUUUGAACCUUGAGAUCACCUGGGGCAUGGACAACCUGAACCUGACCCAGUUCCCUGGCAUCUGGUACACACAGGAACCCAAGAGGUUACAUGACCCUGAAGAACCUCUUGUUGUCAAUACGCUGUCAGAUAAUAGUAGUAUCGCACCACCAACACCUUUAAGUUUAAAGGUGAAGUCCACAUCCCCUGCCAGAGUCAGACCGUCAACAGAACCUGGAGCCAGGACUACCAAGGGCUCUGAUCUUAAAGGUGCUCUCCUCAAGUCCGCCAAACCAACAGAGCCACCCUUCAUUGGCGACAGCUACUACAGUGAAGAUGCCCCACCUCAAACAGACUGUCCAGACAGUAUUCGUAGCAGGGUGCCCCAGACAGACUUUGGGGUACGGUUUCUGGGCAGGAUCCCUGUGCUUCAGUGGGCCAAGCAUGCCACUCCAGAACAGUACCAGCGCCUCCGACUGUAUCCAGGGACUCAUGGCUGGGCAAACCUCGACUUUAACACUCUGGUGUCGACCCUAUCUGUUCUCAACACGUCAGCCAACUGGCACAUGUUUGAUGACUGGGAUCGUCGUAGCAACGGCUCACGGUGUGUCCGCUGUGCUGUCGUGGGCAACGGCGGGAUUCUGAAUGAGUCAAAGAAAGGCCAUGAGAUUGACCAGCAUGACUACGUAUUUAGGACCAACGGAGCUGUCAUUAAAGGCUUUGAGCAGGAUGUGGGCUCCAGAACAUCCUUCUACACGUUCUCCACCAACACACUCCGUAACUCCAUGAGGAGCUACGCCGGAGCGGGCUACAGAGGACCACCGCUCUCUGAGGAGACACGCUAUGUCUUCCUGCCAGACCAUGACAGGGAUUAUCUGCUGAUGAAAGCAGCUGCCACACACACUCCAGUAGAGAGAGGACCAGAAAGGAGCAAAACACCUCCCACAUACUUUGGAGGAAAUGUGACUGUAGAAAAGUUGAAGAUGUACCAUCCAGAUUUCAUACGCUACAUCAGAAACAGGUUCCUCCGGGCCCACGCCAUGCAGACCAAAUACAAGGACAUCUACCGUCCAUCAACAGGUGCUGUGAUGCUGCUGGCUGCAAUACACACCUGUGACCAGGUGAGCGCGUAUGGCUUCAUGACUCCAGACUAUGUGAAAUACUCUGACCACUACUUUGACCACCAAUAUCACCCAGUGGGUUUCUUCAUUAACCACGACAUGAGGAUGGAAAUGACAUUGUGGCAACAACUCCACCGUGCAGGCCUCAUCACUCUCUACAUGCGCCAGUGAACUCAGGAACUAACUCACUCACGGUUGCUACGGCAACGACCACCUCCCAUAGGAUUAAAAAAAAUAGUCAUAAACUGUAUAUUUAUAUAUUAUUGAACAAAAAAUAUAUAAAUUCAAUAAAACAU